AUGUUUAAUGGUAAUUUAGAACAACAAUCUAUUGCAACAAUAGCAGAUACCCAUGCUAUGCAAAUGGCUAAUUUAAUUCUUUCCACAAACCAACAAAACAAUCACUCACAACAAUCCCCACAUUCUUUUUAUGGUUCAGUCCCUUUAAAUGGUUGUAAUAAUAAUACAAUAACGAACACCAAUUCCCCAUCAACAGUUGAUGUACAAAGAAUGCAGCAGUGGUUUAGACAUAAUGAUACAAGUCCGUAUACGAGUCCUUUACCUUCAAAUGCUCCUUCAAUUGGGGAUAUUUCUGGGAUUAGUUUAUUUACUGACAACACAAGCACUCUUACUUUAAAUUCUCAUUUGAGCAACAAUUCAAGAAUUAUAAAAACUGAAAGUUUUGAAGCACCGACGGCCAGUAAAUAUUUGGAAACUUUUAAAACUAUUUUUUCUGGACAAGAUACGAUGAUUAAUUCCUUGCUUGAUAAUUUGGCUUCAAUUUCUUCAUCUCAACAUUAUGUAGCUGUAGUUAGAGAACAACCAAUCCAAAUUUUGCGUCUUUUCGUUGAAUUAAUAAUUCGAAAUGCAACAUAUCUACAACAAUUAAACGGAAAUUAUUCUUCUUCUAUUUCUUCUCCAAAUUUAACCCAAAGAAUAACCCAUUUAUUGAGAAUUUUUUACAAUACACUUUCUGAAAUUCCUGACAAGAGCGAAGCUAGAACCGAACAAAUGAUGGCUUCUUUACUUCAAUUUUUGUUAAUUCAAAGCUCAAACAUUAAAUUCUUUUCUAUGGGAAUUCUUAGAGUUUUAAUGCAUGCAAAUGAACAAUUGAAGAAAUUUGUUCUUGACCAGCGCGGAUUAGAAUUAAUUCUUAAAAUAAUUUCUGAAAAUCAAAAUCUUCGUCUUCUACGGCAAGCAUUACGUACUUUGACAACUUUAAUUGAUUCUAAACAACAAAUAUUUGCCGAACAUUUUGUUCGGUUGGCGGGGAUUGAUUUAAUAGUUACUCGAAUUGACGCUAUCCAACCCUCGUCAGACGAUUUAUAUCCAGCUUUACUUACUUUAAAAUUAGUCAGCGAUAUUCCACAAUUGGCUUGUAUGGAGUUGGACAGAGCAGUCCAUUUAGCUAUUCGGGGUACUCUUCCUCCCCCAAUACCCCAAACAACUAAACCUGGGGGUUGUAUUUCUGCAAAUGCUGUGGAUACUUUUUGGAGGAAUAUUGUUAAUUCUUUGGGCUUUUUGAGAAAUGUUUGUGCUUUGAAUGAACAAUCUAGAAGUUAUUUAAUUCGAUUAGACGAGGGAAGAACAAUAUCUCAUUUAGUUGAAUUGGCAGCACAAAGUUUUGAUUUACUUUUUUGUUCACCAUCUCCCUCGUCUUCUUCUUCGUCCCCUUCAACUUCAACAACAAAUACAAACACUACAACAUCCUCUUCUACUCCUUCAAAUGUUGAACAACUUUGCUGUAUUAGCUCUGAAGUUCGAAAAUCUCACGUUGAAAUUGGUGCCAAAAGAAGGCAAAUGUUAAAUACAAUGUUGGAUGAAUGUCUUUGUUUAUUGGCUUUAGUAAAUAAAGAAUAUAAUAAUAAUAGACAAAAUUGUAAUAAAAUUAAUGGAAUGGCUAAUAAUAAUAGAGAACAAAAAUUUGCAUCGAAAAAGUUAGCAGAAGAUGAACGUGCAAUGCUUCUUUAUCAAUUAAUUUUGAGACUUGACAGAACUGAAUUUCAUAAAAGUGUUUUGACUAGUUUGCGAAGAAUUUUGAAUUCUGGUAUUUCUUUACCAAUAGAAAGCCGUGGAAUUAAAUUAGCAGAAACUUUACUUAAAUAUUUGUUUAGUCAUAAUACACAAAUUCAUUUAACAAAAAUAGCCGUGGAAGUUUUAAUUGGAUUAGUUUGUGAUCAAAGUAAAUUACACUUGAGUGUUAUUACACAUUUGUUGGGUGAGAAUUACCAACCAUUUAAAUUACUCGAUAUUUAUUCAAAUAAUAUCGAUAUGUAUUUAGCUAUAUUAAAAUUAAUAAAAGAAUCGUGUCAAAGAGAGCCAAAUUUGAAAAGUCUUUGGUUUAAUCAUGAAAAUAAUUUAAAUACUUUAAAAUUGUUGAAGACUACAUCGAAUAAUGGGGAAAUUGUUAAAAUUUGCUCAAAAAUUUUUGACAUGCUACAAUUGGAAAUGGAAGAGGUAAUAAAUGAACAUUUCUGGGUUUUCUAG